GUGUCAAUCAAUUCGCUGAAUCGGAGUAACGAAUAAUUCGUCAUCUGUCGUCGUCUUCAAGUAAUCGAAAUUUGACUUGCCAAUGGCUCCUCCUCCGGCGAAGAUGCAAGAGAUCCACCAAUUCCUCUCCUCCGCACUUUCCCAACGUGGUCCUUCCGCUCUCUCCUACGACGAGACCACCAAGUCGCUAAUCCGUCAACACCUCCUUAACCUAAUCUCUUCCUACACUUCCCUCGACCCCAAAACGGCGACGUUUACACACAACGAUGGCCGAUCCGUGAUCCUCCUCCAAGCCGACGGUACAAUCCCGAUGCCUUUCCAAGGCGUCAACUACAACAUCCCCGUCGUGAUCUGGCUCCUCGAAUCUUACCCUCACUAUCCUCCUUGCGUCUACGUGAACCCUACGCGCGACAUGAUCAUCAAACGACCUCACUCUAAUGUCUCUCCUUCUGGACUCGUCUCUCUUCCGUACCUCCAAAAUUGGAUUUACCCUAGCUCCAAUCUCGUAGAUCUCGCCUCUCAUCUCAGCGCCGCCUUCUCCCGUGAUCCGCCGCUUUACUCUCAGCGCCGUCCUCCUCCGCAACCGUCUCCUUCAAUCGGAUCUGGAUACUCGAGACCUCUUAAUCCUCGCCAGACGGAUGAUGCGGCGGAGGUUUAUAAGAAGAACGCGAUUAACAAGAUUGUGGAGAUGGUUCAUGGUGAUCUUGUAUUGAUGAGGAGUGCUAGAGAAGUGGAGACGGAAGGAUUACUGAGUUUACAAUCUGGUCUUAAGAGAAGAGAAGAGGAGAUCAACAAUGGUUUCAAGGAGAUGGUGAAUGAGAAAGAGACCUUAGAGCAGCAAUUACAGGUUAUUGCUAUGAAUACUGAUGUUCUUGGUUCUUGGAUUAUGGAGAAUCAAGGGAAGGCUAAGAAUUUGCUUGUAGAUUUGGAUGUUGAUGAUGCAUUUGAAUGCACUGAGACAUUGUCCAAACAGAUGUUAGAAUGUACUGCACUGGAUUUAGCCAUUGAAGAUGUUGUUUAUUCCAUGGAUAAAUCGUUUCGAGAUGGUUCGUUGCCGUUUGAUCAGUAUCUGAGGAAUGUGAGGUUGUUGUCGAGGGAGCAGUUCUUCCACCGAGCCACGGCUGAGAAAGUUAGGGAGAUACAGAUGGAUGCUCAGGUUGCUUCCAUUGCAGCUAGGUUGCACUCGUGAAAACUUAGCCAAAGAUUUUUGGUGAUUACUAUUUCUAUUCGAUUUUAUUGUAUAUAGGAGGAAUAUACACUAUACACCAGUAGUGCAUAUACAAAGUUGAAAUCGAUCACGUUUUGGGGUUUAUCUUCUCUGUCAUCAUUUUUAUCUAGUGAAUCAAUUGUUUGGAAUUUUGUUUUUCCUUCUGCAAUUCCCAUCUUUCAAACUCUCAUUUGGUCUCUCUAUAAGAAAAUACUUCUGUUAAA